AUGCCUCGGCGUGUGAAGGAAGAGGAGAAAAUCGAAAUGAUUAUUCGUGAUCUUUUGAAGCAGACGGAUAAUAGGCGAUGCAUCAACUGCAAUAGUCUGGGGCCUCAAUAUGUCUGCACAACUUUCUGGACAUUUGUCUGUACAAAUUGCAGUGGAGUUCACCGGGAAUUUACUCAUCGAGUGAAGUCGGUAUCGAUGGCAAAGUUCAACGAAGAAGAAAUUACAUCCCUUCAAGCCGGUGGAAAUGAGGAAACGAGUAAGAACUACUGCGAAAUAAGACCGUUCGAAAAACGGAGGGAAGAUUUUAUAACGGAGAGGCCAACUUUCGAAAGAAAUAGUUCGUUCGAGAAAUAUAUUCCAUCUAUAAGAACCAAUGCAAGAACUUUCAAAGAUAUAUUGGAAGAAAGAAGCCCUCGAUAUAGUAGCAGCAGCAGCAGCAGAAAUAAUCGCACCCCUCGUAAUUUUGAGGUAGUGGACGACAGAUUUAGAGACGACGGAAGCGUAAAGCGCUACGAAAUUGUUAGGCACUCGUCGUAUAAUAAUCGAGAUCAACCUCAAAGAAGUGCAUCAAUGACAUCAAGUACCCUCCAGAAAGUUCCGGUUCUUACAAUUUGUGGGCCCCCCAAAUCGAAUGCCACGAAGGAAACCUCGGAUUCUGCCAAAGUUCAGGUGGCAGAAGCUACUAAUAAAGAAGAUUUUACGGACGAGAAACGGAAGACAGAAAAGACGGUAAAUUUGAAUAGUUUGAUCGAUUUCGAUCCGAAAAUCGAGACUAGUUCUAAUACAGCUUCGAAAAACGAUAAUGAAAAAUCUUCGGCGACUCAAGUUGCUUCUAAUGCUACAAAUAAUAAUACGAACUUGUUGGAGUGUUUGUUAUUGGACUGGUCGAGCCCCGUGAAUUCACCUUCUAAGGGUGCUGACGUGGCGACGGUGAAAGAAGCUGAAAAGAACGAUCGACCGAUGGAUAACAACAAUAGCAGAGACCUCGUGGUGCAGGAACCGAAUAAAUCGCAUGCACUAAGUGAUAUAACGCCGGUUCAAAGUUUUCAAAUCGAGCAACCGUCACAAGCUUCUGAUCCUAGUAAUGCAAGAAAGGAAAUUCCACAGGAUCUUUUCUCGGUUGCUGAUUGGCCGAUGCAUCCACCUAAUUAUGGAAGCGGAUACGGUUAUCAGUUCCAUCCUCCUGCAAUGCCCGUGGCCGGUUUUCCGAAUCCCGUAAAACCGCAUAAUCCAUUCGAUAUCGGUGACGACAGAUUCCAAAUUCAAGCAUCAACGUUUCAUUCAAUGCCACCGGUACAAGGAUCUAUGCCAAACAUACCGCCUUCAACGUAUGGGAUGAACAUGAAUAUGCAUUUAGUUCCUGGAGCUUACAUAGGGCAUCUUCCUAGUAACAUGCCACUUACCAGGCCUCAAGGAAUUUCCGACUUCGGCAGAAGUGAAAUGACGUUUUCGCCCCUCAACCACCAAGCCAUCGCCGGAACAGAGUACUCUUCGCCUGCUUCACAUAGUUCUUCGGUAUCUCGAGCAGGAAAUCCAUUCGGAUAA